AUGGACUCUACCAGAGAAAAUCCACUCGUUGCACAAUUUCAAGCCAAAGAUUCUGCGUUUGAUCAGCGACACCGUGAAGACGAGGAUUCAUCAGAUGCUAUGACUGCCCCACAUAACCUUGCUAUAAACACAACUACGCCGAGCCGGCCGAGACUGGGUCUGGCCAACGUGGGAAGGAGCAAUGAGGCCAGUGUAUAUAGGGUUGGUGAUUUUGAGAGUUUUGAGGGAUUUAGCCGUGAUUUUCGCGGUGGAGAUGGCGAUGUUAGUAGUGGUGUCAGUGGUAACGGUGCUGGUACUGAGCCUACAAGCCACAAUGUCGACCCUUCCAAGCAAAAUCCUCUUCAAAAUCCUCUUCAAACCCCUCCACAACCAAGUCAGGCCUUUUUCCAAUCGCUUACUUCCCCAAUGAGGUCCCCGGGCUUUGCCGGUCAAAUACAUGAGCUGUCACCUUAUCAGUAUAACAUCCCCCAUCAUAUCCAGGAUGUGACCAACUUACCCUCGCCUGCUGCAGUUUCCAUGCGAGAUGACACAUUGCACUAUGCAAAACCAAGGAGCCACAAGAAAAUGGGUCCAAGUGUGACUGAACGGAUUGUUUCUGAGUAUGACUCCAGCCGUAUUCUACAGCCUGCUCCUUCAUUCAAGUCGGGUGCGAGAAUUGUAUCCACUCCCCUGGCUACGUACACGGAGGCUGAGCCUGAAGAAAUCAACAGAGAUCAUACGCCGAAUCGGACAGAACAAGGCAGGUAUUACAAGGCGUACGAUAGGACAACUUCAGCGCUGAUCACCUGGAAGUCGAUUGAAGAGAUUGGCCGCGGUUCAUAUAGUGUUGUAUCGCUGGCAGAGCCUGUGGAAAGCCCAAUUGGAGUGCCUGUUGGAUUUGUUGCCGCUGUGAAAGUUUCCAGACCAUCAGAAACGGAAGACUCUUUGCGAUCGCGGGUGGAAAGGGGACUCAUCAGAGAGUUUGAAUUGUUACAAGAGAUCCGUCAUCCGUGCAUAGUUGAGCUUCUGGGCUCCCGAGUCGAAUCAGAGGAAGUCAUAAUGGUAAUGACCUACUAUCCUGGAGGAAAUCUUUUCUCGUUUGCGUCCGAGUACCGACCUCUGAUCACUUCCGAACACGUGAAGGCCAUAUUCUCUAACGUGGUUUCAGCCGUCAACUAUCUGCACGAAAACAGCAUUGUUCAUCGUGAUAUUAAGCUGGAGAACAUUCUUCUGCGAAUUGAACCUAGAAAAUUGGCGGCAAUGGGUGCCCAGGAGCUGGAGCGCACCAAACAGCUGGUUGUCCUGACGGAUUUCGGCCUUUCCAAGAAGAUCGACCCUAAAAACCCGUUGAUGAGAACGCGAUGCGGAUCGGAGUACUACGUGAGUCCAGAACUACUCAUGGGGCUCCCUUAUGACGGAAGACAGAACGAUGUGUGGGCCCUGGGGGUGUUACUGUAUGCCCUGGUCGAGGGCAGGUCGCCGUUUGACCCUCUUCCCGUCAACCCAAACAGCCGCGUCUCCCAGUCUUCGAGAAGAGCAGUUCCCAAACUGGCCCACCGAAUCGCACUAAUAGCCUGGGACUGGUUCUAUUUCGCUGACGACAAGUUGUCUCAAAUGCACGCUUCAGAGGCGCAUGAAUGGCAAUGUGCUAGGGACAUAGUCACAAGCUGUCUAUGCCGUCGUGAAAAACGCAACACCAUCCGCGAUAUCUACGAAAAUCCCUGGUUCACCAAAUAUAGGUGUUGA